UGUCAGCCAAAAAGGAACAGGAACAUGUUAUAAAUUAGAUCAGUAAAAACACAAUAACAUAGUUUAAGCAUAUUUAUCUUCUAAAUUUAUGAGUGGAGUAGUUCUGGGAAUGUGAUGAAAGGUUUAAGUGAAGAUGCACCCGUGCAGAGCGAGCUGUAGAAUGCACCAGCCGCGUGAUUCGUAUGGCGGACAAGGCUGUACAUUUUAAUACAGGCUAUAACUUGUAUGACAUCGAGACGAUAGCGAAAUGGUUGAGUUGCAACGGCGAGGCGUGGGGCAUGGGACCCACGGUGGUGUUCGCGAGUGCAGCCGCCUUGUUCCUCUACAACGAACUCGAAGCCACUGUGUUCGUGCCCGGGGACCAGCUUCAUGUCUCUGUGUUAGAGAAGACGCUCAUUUCAACAAUGGUGCUCGGAAUGCUCGCUCUGAUGGUCCACCUUUGGGUUUGCUCGAUGCGGUUCUUCCAAUAUUAUUUGGAUACGUUGAUUAAAGACAGUCCAAACAUGCUGCUAGAGAUGACAACGGCUGGCCUGCUGGGCGCGGAGGUGAUGCCGCUCAGCACCCUGACCCGGUUCCUCCGCCAGCAGCAGCCUCAGAUCCACAUCACUAUCUGCUGGUUCCUGUCUCUCUGCUAUGCGGACUACGUGCGCAAACACUACUGCCAGCGGUUCAACAUGCCCUACUUGGAACAGUGGCAAUCCGAGCUGCACGCGCGGGCCGCUCGCGGGGUACACCAGACCAUGGAGAAGGUGAACAGCUUCGUCGGCUGCGUCCAUCGACGGCUGCGUGGAUACGGGCCGCCCGGUCAUCGGACAACUGACACACACACAGUGAUAGCGCGGUACCGAAGCGCCCGUCGUCGGUGGCGGUCAGCGGGGCCGCCAGUGUGCUCGGACAGCUCAGCGACCGUGACGUCGGCGGCAGCAGCGGCUACAGCGGCAGCGGCAGCGCGACGCCAGCCAAAGAGCUGUGCGUGCGACUCGUCAGUCAGUCGAGCGAAACAACUGUUGAUGCAAUUGAGAAACUCCGAGCCCUUAUCACAGCAACAAGAUGUACGUGUAGCGGUUCACAGGACUCCUGCGUCGCUGGUGCUGUCUGCAGAGAUGCCCAGGAGGCAGCGCAGCCUCGAUGACUUCCCCUGGCGCAAGAUGGCCGAACUGCAUUUCGAUUGACUUUUAAGCUGUAUCAUGAAAUUAUUUAAUGAAAAUUAUAUAUCUG